AUGCAGGCCGCGUGGCUCGUGGCGUGGGCGCUGGGCCUGGCUGCGCUGUGCCUGCCGUGGCCGCGUGUGGUGGGCGAGACGCGCCGCAUCGUGGCGCUCGGCGAUAUCCAUGGCGACUAUGCGCACGCGACGGCCGUCCUUCGCGCCGCGGGCCUCUUGCACGCGCACCAUGAUGCGUGGGCCGGUGGCAAGACGGUGUUUGUGAGCACCGGCGACACCAUCGACCGCGGUGACGACACGAUCCGCCUCUAUCAGCUGUUCCAGCGACUGCGGAACGAGAGCCGCGCGCACGGUGGCGACGUGAUCCAUGUGCUGGGGAAUCACGAGAUGAUGAACGCCAUGCUCGACUGGCGCUACGUCACGCCAGGCGACGUCGCAUCCUUCGGAGGCAUGGACGAACGGCGCGAUGCCAUGUCCCUGCACGGCUGGCUCGGCACCGAGUGGAUGCAGCACUACCAGGUCACCACCCAUGUCGACCUGCUGCCUGCCGCGGACAUGCCGCUCUAUCCCACGCACCGCGCGUCGUUCGUCCACGGCGGCAUCACGCCCACGUUCGCCGACAUGGGUGUAGACGCGAUGAACGACGUCGGCCACACGCUCCUCGAAAAGUCGCUCGCCCGCCGCGGCCCCCUGUCCAAGGCCGAGCAGGCGCUGUGGUCGAGUGACGGCCCAUUCUGGUUCCGCGGCUACGCGCAAGACCCAGCGAAGGCGGCAUGCAUGAUGGCCGAGCAGGCGCGCUCGUCCCUCGGCGUGUAUGCGCUCAUCAUGGGACACACGCCCCAGUUCACGGGCAUCCGCACCCGCUGCGACGGCCGCGUCUACAUCAUCGACACCGGCCUCAGCCGCGCGUACGGCGGCCGCCCUAGUGCCCUGGACGUAAAGUCGCGUCGCUGGGGGCCCUGUGUGGUGUCGACGUUUUCUGCUGUGGACCUAUCUGGCACACACCACACGCUGCAUCACGCAUGGCAGUGCCCCUACUUGCGGUUGGGACGCAGGCCGCGGACCACAUGA